AACUAGGGCGUCCGACCGGUAAACUCGUCACAUAACAAGGACGUCCGACCGGUAAAUUAGGGCGUCCCACCGGUAAACUCUCUGCGGUUUUUUCAAUGUUUAGUAAGAGGGUGUUGGAGCUGUAUGCUCGCUACGCAUGCCGGGACACCAUUCCUCUCAUUUUCAAGAUGGCGGCCAGUCGAAUGCGAACCGCUUCCGCACUGAGCUCCUCUGGCCGUGAUGUUGAAGAAUGGAAGAUGGCCAGGGACUGGAUGAUAAGUAUUGGAGUUCUACCAGCUCAUGGCCGAGUGACAGACCCGAAUUUUACAUUAUUUGACUUCGCGCAGUCUUUGAGGGAUGGUGUUCUGUUGUGCCAAGUCGCGAAUGUACUUCACCCGGGAGCUGUAGUCGAUGUUGGGAUGAAACCCCAGAUGUCUCAAUUUAUGUGCUUGAAGAAUAUUCGGAAUUUCCUGACGGCCUGUACAAGACUUUUUAAUCUUGCUGAUGGAGAUCUGUUCGAUGCCAAUGAGCUCUACGAUGUUUCUGACUUUGGCAAGGUUGUGAACACUUUAUCGAAGCUUUCACAUUUGCCUGAGUCUCUUCACAGAGGUUUUGAGCCAUUUCCACCCAACACAAACAAGUUUGCUGCAUAUCAAGAUGAAGAUAUUUACUCCAACUUAGAGGAGAUUGCUUUGAGCCGAGAUAUCACAGAAGAGGAAAACCCUUAUGAUGUUGUGACGAUAGAGGAGGAGGGAGACAAGAUCUACGAGGAUCUCUGUGCUGUCAAUUAUAUCCCUAAACCUUCAAGGCAAUCUUCUCAGGAGGAAAAGAGAAAGUACAUAGUGGCAGAGAUCAUCGAGACAGAGAAAGGAUACGUAGAAGCACUAAGAAUGAUAGUUCAUAAUUUUAUAAAUGAUCCAAGAGUAAAGAAUACUUUAAAUGCAGAAGAUAAAGAAUUAAUAUUCAUCAACAUAGAGGAACUUCAUAAAAUGCACAGCAAAUUUGUUUUCAAACUAGAGGAUGCCUGCAAUAGAAUGGAUGGAGUUAAUAUUAGCAAGCUUUUCUUGGAUUGUAGAGAUGAUUUCUUAAAAUAUGGAAAUUAUUGUGCAAGAAUGCCAGAUGCCCAAGUACAUAUUGAUGAGCUGUCCAGAAGAGAUGCUAAAUUCAAAGACAUUCUAGAGGAAUGUCAGAAGCGAGCAAAUAGCAAGUUUACACUGCGAUCGUUGCUUGUUGUGCCUUUUCAAAGAGUGUUGAAGUACCCUUUGUUACUAUCUGAGCUUUACAAGCAAACCAAACCAACUCACCAGGACAAACAAGGACUUGAGAAGGCACUCUGUGCCCUCCAGGAUGUGGCUACAUAUAUAAACCAAGUCAAGCGAGAUGACGAGAACAUGAAGACUGUCAAAGAUAUACAAAACAGUUUAACAAGUGGAGUGGGCGAGGACUUGUUUAAGUUUGGACACCUUAUGAAGGAUGGUGAAGUACAGGUCAAGUCAUGCGAUCAGCAGCCGAAGAAAAGGCAUGCUUUUCUGUUUGAUCGUGCACUGAUUAUUUGUAAAACAAAGGGUGAUACCUACCACCACAAGUCUACGUUAUUUCUGAAUUAUUAUGAACUUCAAGAGAAUGUUACCUCUGGCCCAGGCAGAGGCAAGUUCUUACAUGGAUGGAGUAUGCGGGGAGAGACCAUGGAGGCAGAGAGAAAUUCCUGCUCAAUGUUUACAAAGACAGCUGACAUGAAAGAUAAAUGGAUAACAGAAAUAAAACGAGCUAUGUACAAUCUUCUUUUGCCUGGUGUAAAUCAAGGCGAGCAUCACUUCGACCUGUAUACUUUUACCAACCCUACCUACUGUGGAGUCUGCCAAAACUUACUAUGGGGCCUGGUGAAUCAAGGGUACAAGUGUGUCAUCUGUGAUGCUUCCUGCCAUCAAGGCUGUAUUCUAAAAUGCCCAGAGUGCCGGGGCAACAGGCGGCCCAACAAGUCGUUCACCGGGGUGUCCCCAUUCAUGCCAAGGAGCCCCAUCAGUCUAGCAAGCAUAAGCCCAGAGAGACAACGAAAGGUGUCGGCACCCCCAAGAAUGGGUACAGCACCUUCCCCAAUAACCCGACCAGAGAAACUUGUUAAACAGACUUCCACCCCGGCAUCAUUUGGUAUGAGUUGGACGCGGGAUGGCCUUCCACGACAGAAACACAAUGCACAAGUGGUUGUUGCAAUACAAAACUUCCAUGGCAUUGCACCUAGUGGGCGUUCCAGCCUGAACAUGGUGAUAGGAGAUGAAGUGGAGGUCCUGAAUCAGAAUGAUCCUGAGUGGUGGGAGGGGCUUUCUAUUCGCACGGGAACAACCGGGUAUUUCCCCAGGAGUCACGUAACGUCAACAGAGAAUGCAGACGCAGGAAACAAACAAAAUCAGCUUACUAAUCGCCACAGAUAUGAGCAGCACACUUUAAAGGAAGAGAGUCCCGGUCACCCCUCACCCGCUCCUGGGGAAAUCAAAGAUACGCUUACCAAGUAUCCCUGGUUUGCGGGUAAGAUGGACCGUACAGAGGCCGAGCAAGAGACGAUGGGAAGGUCUGAUGGGACGUUCCUUGUCAGAGAAAGCGCCAAUCGAGCCGGCGAGUACGCCCUAAGUGUGAGGUUCCGUAACGCCACCAAGCACAUUAAGAUCCCGUAUGAAGAUGGCACGUUCUGCUUGACCCAGUCUAAAGUGUUCGACUCGAUCCCGGAACUAGUCGCAUACUACCGCGAGAACACGCUAGGCGUCAGCUUCACCGGCCUCGAUACCACGCUACGCUGCGGCCUUAACGAGGAUCAAGACAACAGAGGUAUUGGCUGGGCGACAGCGUUGUAUCCAUACCAGGCGAGGAACGCCAAGGAAAUAUCAAUACAGAAAAAUUCGAAAAUUUUAAUUCUAAACAAAGACGGUUCCUGGUGGAAAGGAGAGUGCGAUGGACAGAUUGGGUAUUUCCCGUCCAAUUAUGUGAAGGAGUAGCCACAUAUUUGUAUAUCUACCGAAUAGACGCAAAUGGUAAUCAAGUUCCAAAAUGUGCGGGAAUUCGGCAGGGCUUUAAGCCCGCAGUGGACACUGGCUGUUCUGUCGCAAACUCUCGAACAUUUCUAGGAAAUAAAAAAGAUUUGAACCAGACUCAGCCGAGUCCCCUGGCGCAUCGGACACAGGCUUCCCAUCCAGCCACGUCAAUGCCACAGAGGUCACCUGACGUAAUUUUUCAAAUUAUUGAAGAAAGUAUUAAAAUACAUCAAUAAAA